AUGAGCUGCCUUUCCUCGCCACUCUCCUGGAUUUCCUCACAAAUCUACAGAAGGACCUUUGAUUCACUGCUCGAUCUGUGCUGGGUUACUAAAAGGACAUGUCUGGUACAAUCAACACUAGAGCAGAAGGCCUCAGGGUUGAUGGACUUCUCUCAAACUGGCGCUAUCAAGGACAGCUCAAACUCACUCAUCGUGGUCUUUUCACCUGUGUCAGCCUCUCUUGAGCCAGUGGAUGUCUAUGGACUUACUCAGCGCCCUUUACAGGAUGUGAAUCAAAGCAAUUGUCAGUCUGCUGGUGCUGUAACUCGACUCUGUGUACCUGUACAGUAUAAGUUUGUUUUUUUUUUCUUUUCAAAAGAGAACAGUUGUGUUUUUAUGUACAGAAAUCAGUCCCAAACUUUGUUUUGA